UUAGGGCCAUUUUGGGAAUUCGGGAAAUGGCAGUGGGGUUUAUCGGUGUUUUAUUCUGCAUCGCCUCGUGAUUUCUUCGUCCCUCACCGCUUGCUCCUCUCCGUACUCCCAAUUUUUUUCCUUGGUUUUUUUUUUUCUGGGAGCAAUAUGGGGUUUUGGAAGGCCCUGAUCUUCCCUUGAUCGCUAUCUCGAUCUCGGGAGGGCGUGGGAUUGGAUCCGGAGGGCGAUUGCGUCGCGCUCCGGGUGGAGUUUUUGCUUGGAAAUCGGGUUUGAAGGCGAAAAUUGCUGCGGGUUCGAAGUCAUUGGUUUUUUUUUUGGAUGGAGGGAUGGAUUUGAUUUUUUUUUUUUUUUUUUUGUUAAUUUGAAUUCACACGGCGGGAGUUGAAUUUAAGCUGAUAGGGGUCUGGAUUUGCCGACAUUGGUGGCGCUGGAACCGUGACAGGGACUGGAUUUCUGGAAGCUAGUGGUUUUUGGCUUCGAAGAGAAAGAUUUCGGUCAAGCAAUCGGGGUUUCUGCUCGAGUUUUCGGAGAUUUCUUGGAGAUUUAGGUGGAAAGGGCUCCAAAGUCAGAGGCAUUGCUGCAGACUGAAUCAAUCUGGACAGUGCUAGGGUUUCGAUUGAGCGGGAUUCAGGUACUUUGAAGAAAGUUUAGUUUUUGAGCUUUUAUCUCUACUGUUUUUUUGGUGAUUUCAUAUGAAUUACUAGAGAAUGAGUCCAUCGCUUUAGAAGUUGGAAGCUUCGCCAAAGUAGAAGCGGGUGUCCUCUGGUUUUCAGUUUUUCUGAAGUAAUUCUUGAGUAAUUUUUAAGCAUUUCUUCCACCAUUCGGCUUCGUGCAUUGCCAUUUCAAGGCCUUAGAAAUGAGGAGGGUAGGAGCAUUGUAUAGUCUCUGAAUCAGUUGUUUGGGAGACUGAGGUCCUCUUGUUUGGCCCCAAUCCCUCGGGGGGACAAAAAAACUUGAUAGAAAGAGGGAUUUGGGGCAUUAUAUUUUAAUCUAUAUACAACCAUCAGAGAUCGGCUAAGUUUAUCAAUUGGAACAGUCUUCCGAAAUAUUAAAGCAUCCAUGGACUCCAUUCAGCAUUUCAUGAUCAUUCUCUUGCUCAUUGGGAUUCUAUCGGCAUACCAAUAUAAGGCCCAAUCGACCGGAGGUUCCAUGACAUCUGCAAGAUCACUGGAUGCACUCCUUCAGGACUAUGCUUACCGGGCUUUUGUUCGUCCCCGCACUGGAACGCCCUAUGAUGGUCAAGUCCCAUCCAAUCUCACUGGCAUCAAGAUAGCAGCAUUGAGGCUCAGGAGUGGGAGCUUGUACAAGAGGGGAGUUCCGAUGUACAAGGAAUUCCAAAUCCCAACUGGAGUUAUCGUGCAGCCAUAUGUCAAGAGGCUUGCCCUGGUUUACCAAAAUCUGGGUACCUUGUCCUCUAACUACUACAAACUUCCUGGCUUUACCUACUUAACUCCGGUGCUCGGCCUUCUUGCUUAUGAUGCAGCAAAUCUGUCUGCCACCAACUUGCCAGAAUUAACUGUGGUUGUUUUGAAAUCACCCAUAUUGAUUAAUUUCACAAAUGUAACAGCAGUACCAGGUGCCAGGUGUGUGCAUUUCAAUUUGGAUGGCUUGCCAGUAUUCGGAGAUUUAGUGUCAAGCAAUAUUUGUUCAACACGCCAACAGGGUCACUUCUCUAUUGUGGUUAAUGCCAGCAUGAUUGCUCCUCCUCCUGCACCAAGCCCUGGUCAUGCUAAGCAUAAUAAGUCUAAGGUGUGGAAGAUUGUCGGUGCUGUCGUUGGUGGAUUCAUUGCUUUGGUUCUCUUGGCAUUGCUUGUGGCAUGGAUGGUUCGGUAUAGACAAAAAAGAAAGAUGGCAGAGAUGGAACGGCAUGCUGAUGUGGGCGAAGCAUUGCAAAUGGCAAGGGUUGGAAACACUCAGGCACCGGUGGCCUUAGGGACACGGACACAACCAGUUCUUGAGAAUGAAUAUGUUGCUUGAUUGUUGCAUAGAAUGAGUACCAAAGUGGUGUCCUUUCUUGGCUGGUAUAUGAGGAACAAGAUGAGGAUUUUCUUUCAAAUAUUUGAUAUGUACAGAAUGCGUGGACAAGCAUUGCCACGUUCUUUUGCUCGAGUACCAACCAAGAGGUGGAUUUUCUGUGGCAUUGGUUGGGUUCUGGGCUUGGCAUUUAUUUGAGAUCAGACCACACAUUCUUUUGGGGAAGAGGGGGGAAGGGGGGUGAGAUGUUUUUGUGUUUAGAUUGUUCCGGCCCUGUUUGUUGUCAAUGGUACCAUAGUCAUACAGGGUGAAGUUGAAUUGUAAACACAUCAUGCAGGAGAUGGUGUUUCUUACUAUGCCUGGUCUGGAACUGUUUUGAUUAUUUAUUUGGUAAAUGUAUUCAGAUGCAGCGUUCUAAUAAAGAUGAGCGGUAUGCAUGAUGGACGUUAGUGACGUUAACGUGAUGAGGAAAAAGGCAAAUGGGGCAAAGCAGCAACCCGAGAAGGAGAAACGCUGG